AUGCAGCGCAAGCUGCGCGCCUUCGUGCGUCAAGCCUACACCUCCCAACUGUCGCUUCUCGGCGGACAAUUGGAGAAGGGCGAUGCCGUUGCACGCUCCUCGGUAAGAAGGGCCAUCAAGCGCCUCACCAACGCCGUGGCGCGUUUGCUUCAAGUGCCUGCUGUGACUGCGAGCCGCAACGGCCACCCGAUCUUGGAUUAUGCAUCCUUGAGGUCACUAUGUCGAUUCGACUAUCGGCGUCGCCUCGCACCAGGCGGCGAGUAGUAUCAAACCUGUCUGGGACAUCCUCACAUCAUUCGAACAGAACCAGUUCCAGUCAUGGGCAGGUGCGAUCGCCCAGUGCCCGCACUCAUGAUCACACGAAGACGAAGAAGCGCAAAUCUUCAUCUACCAUGGCGUCGGCGAGUACCAAGCUCGGCGAGGUCAGAUCAACAACAAGCCGCGAUCAAAACCGUCAAGCAUCAGAUCAGGAACCAACGUUU